ACUAGCCGUGUUGUGGGUACCGGCCUCAGAGUUUUGCCGGCCGCCGCCGCCGCCGCCGCCGCGCUAAGAGGCGCGGGGAAUCAUGUCGCUGUGAGGCUGGGCUGGCGCAGUUAACGCCGCGCAGGGGAGGUCCGGCCGGGCACGGGGGCGGCGGCGGCGGUUCUGCUUCCUAUAUGGGCCACUUUCUCUCGCGGAAGGGAACCAGCCAGAAAGCGGAGAAGAGCUGCCCCCGCCGCCCCCCCAGUCGCCCCCUGAAGGGGAAGGUGCCGCCGCGGAACCGGAGCUGCUUCCUGCGCGGGCCCUGCAUGCUCUGCUUCCUGGUCCACAACGCCAGCCCGCCAGCCGCGGACGAUCAGCCUCCCGCUCGCCGGGACUCCUCGCCGCCGCCGCCGCCGCUUCUUUACGCGACUCUGCCGGCCCCCGAGGAGCGCGCCGCCCGCCGCCUGCUGCAUUUGUCGCCGGUGGCCGCCUGGGAAGAGCGGGGCCGCCGCUGCCGCCGCUUGCUCCUCUCCGGCCUGCUGUUCUCGCCGCCGCCGCCGCCGCCGCCGCCUGCAGCGCGCCGGGGCUUCUUCGGGCCUGCGCUGGAGAGCGGCGAGGCUCCGCCGGAGAUGGUGUGCAAGCGCAAAGGAGUCGGGCUGCCCGCCUGCCCGCCCCGCAAGCUGCCCCGCUGCGCCACCAUCACAGAGACUACGGAGGCGGAAGGGGCCGGGAGUCCUUCGCCGCCGCCCGAGGCUGCCGGUUGCCCGCCGGGCUUCCUGCCUGAGCAGCUCCUCUGCCCCCUGCCCUGCGCCUCAGAGCGCGCCAGGGGAGGAUCGCCUAGGGACCCCACUGGAGAGAAUGGAGACGGGAAGGGACUCACGCCGGCAGGCUCCCCUUCCCAGCUGCCAGAACUUGGGGGGAGAGAAAAGCACGAGCCCCGCGAACCGGACUGUGAGGAGCCCCCAGAGAACCCAGGCGACUGCUGCCGAGAGCUGCAGCCGCCGUCGCCAGACAUCAAUCAGCUGCCGCCCUCCAUCCUUCUCAAGAUAUUUUCCAACUUAUCUUUGAAUGAGCGGUGUCUUUCAGCAUCGUUGGUUUGUAAAUAUUGGCGUGAUCUCUGUUUAGAUUUCCAGUUCUGGAAGCAAUUGGAUCUCAGUAGUCGUCAGCAGGUUACCGAUGAGUUACUGGAAAGAAUUGCAUCAAGAAGCCAGAAUAUAACUGAAAUCAAUAUUUCAGAUUGCCGUAACGUAUCAGAUACAGGAGUAUGUGUGCUAGCAUCUAAAUGUCCUGGACUUCUAAGGUAUACAGCCUACAGAUGUAAACAGCUGUCUGAUACAUCUAUAAUUGCAGUGGCAUCACAAUGCCCUCAACUUCAGAAAGUACAUGUAGGCAACCAAGAUCGGCUCACUGAUGAAGGACUCAAGCAGCUGGGCUCAGUGUGCAGAGAACUGAAAGAUAUUCAUUUUGGGCAGUGUUACAAGAUCUCAGAUGAAGGAAUGAUCAUUAUAGCUAAAGGAUGCCUGAAGUUACAGAGAAUAUAUAUGCAGGAAAACAAAUUAGUGACAGAUCAAUCUGUUAAAGCAUUUGCUGAUCACUGUCCUGAGUUGCAGUAUGUUGGGUUUAUGGGCUGUUCUGUAACAUCUAAAGGAGUCAUACACCUUACCAAUCUAAGAAACCUUUCCAGCUUGGAUCUACGUCAUAUCACAGAACUGGAUAAUGAGACAGUGAUGGAGAUAGUAAAGAGAUGCAAAAACCUUACUUCCCUCAAUCUGUGUCUGAACUGGAUUAUAAAUGACAGAUGUGUGGAGGUCAUUGCUAAAGAAGGACGGAACUUGAAAGAACUGUACUUGGUGUCAUGUAAGAUCACAGACUAUGCACUGAUAGCCAUUGGGCGAUAUAGCAUGACAAUAGAGACCGUGGAUGUGGGGUGGUGCAAAGAAAUCACAGAUCAGGGAGCCACCCAAAUUGCUCAAAGUAGUAAAUCGCUUAGAUACUUGGGACUGAUGAGAUGUGAUAAGGUGAAUGAAGUGACUGUCGAACAACUAGUACAGCAGCACCCACACAUUACCUUCAGUACUGUACUCCAAGAUUGCAAGAGGACCUUGGAACGGGCAUAUCAGAUGGGCUGGACACCCAAUAUGUCCACUGCCUCUUAAUUCAUGACAUAGUCAGACUGAACAUUUGAACAUUGUUAGUUUUUUUAAUUAAUAUUCUUACUUUUUAUUAAAUAUAUGUUCAUUUUUAGUAUAAGGCUUUAAUUUUGAAUAUAUAUAUAUAUAUAUAUAUAUAUAUUGAUUGUUUAAUGUAGUGGGAAAUGUCUGUUCAGUUUAUUAAUGGAAAUAUUGGAAGAGAAAUAUGGUCAGAUAUAUUUAAUUUUUCUGAAUGUUUAUUUGUCAACCUAAACAUCUGCAAAUAUCUUAAUAGUUUGCAGAGGGAAGGCUACUUUUCUUGAUGCAAUAUAACUGUACGUUUACAUAAAAUAGAAACACUAUUUGGAUGUUUUUCCAAACUACAUGUUCAUGGUAGAAACAGCUCUUUAGAGAUGUAUUGUAAGUUUUUUUGUAUACAUAAAGCCAACAUUUAAAAGCCUUUGGCAAAUUUCUUGAAGUGGGUUCCUGCUAGUUCUGUGGGUAGUUCCGGCACUGUAAUAUAUUAUGCCUUUCUUCUUUCAUGUUAUUUCUUUAUUUUAGCUGCUCAUAUUUCCUUUUGGAUUAUGUGGCAACUUCUUUCCUGAACUCCAGUUAAAUUAGAGGCUAAUCUUAAAGCAGAUUAUCUAAAUUGAUGUUACCCACAUGAGUGUGUUUUCGAAAUGCACAGUUAAGAAAAUCCACAAACGAUAUACAAGAAUAUAACAUUUUGAUGACAAAUCUUUAUUUUGAUUGGGAUCAUUAAUAAAUGCUGGACAUGCAUGUAAUAUAUAUUUAGACGAUCCUGCUGGUUUCUGUUAGUGCUGCCAAAGUAACGUUUUUGCCCUGUAGCAAUCUCUUGUGAAUGUACUGUUAUUUUCAUAGGGGCUUCUGUAGUGAACAUUCCUUGCUGAUUGUGUCCUUGAUUGGGUUUCUAUGUGUUUGCCUCUUCUAGUUUUGCAGUAUAUGAACCAACAGUGCUUUCAUUUAAUUUUCUCUGAAUAAAUUAGUGGAAAAAC